AUGGAGGCCCAAUCCAUUUACGCAUUUUAUUCCGAUUUAAGUCAAUUCAAGAUCAAUUUACAAAGUGAAUCUAGUAAAAUUUUCAAUCUUAUAGCUAAUUUACAAAUGAAAUCAGUCAAUAUUAAAAAUGAAUUACGUAAAUUAGUUGAAACAAACCCAAAUCAAAUAGACAAGAUUAAAUCUUAUGAAGAUUAUCUUAGUUUAACAAUUGACCUACCUUUACUUUUUGGAUUUAUAAUAGUCGAAAAAAGAAGACAAUUCGAAUGGUUUGAUUUUUAUUCAAAAGGUGUAAUUAAUAAAUUAACUGAACAAUUGACAUUAAUAAUUGAACAUGAAAAAUUGUUUAGAAAUCUAUGGUUAAAGAAGUUUAAUAAUUUUUUGACAUUAUUAGAUCAGCCAAUAAAUACAAUAUUACCGAAUAUCGAUUUAACUUUAAUUGGAAAUAAUAAAAUUGAGUUGUUGGAAGGUAUGUUUAUUGAAAGAUCAGAUAUUGAAACUUAUAUUGGAAUGUUGGAAAAAUAUCAACAAGAUAAAUCCAAAAAUUUUUCAGAAUUGGUUAAUAAAAAUUAUCAUGAUUUAAUUAAAUCUACCAAUAAUAUGAAAAUUUUAACUAAAAGAGUAAGUUCAUUAAGUGUAAUAAAUUCAAAUAAUGAUUUAGAACAAAGUACAGCCACUACAAAUCAAGAUAUUUCAAUAAUUUCAAAUUUACAAAAACAUAUAAAUAGAUUGGAAUAUUUAUUACAUCAACAAGAGAUGAAGAAAUUAUCAAGUUGGCCACCAACAUUAAAAAUGGAUAAUGAUCCAACUAAAUUAUUACAAAAAAAUACAGUGAUAAAUAAUAGAACUGUUUCUGCAUCUUCACAAUCUCAAGUUUUAGAUACUUCAGUGAUUGAUAAACAUUUGGAUAAUAUAAAAUUAAAAAAAGAGAAUAAUGAAAGUAAGAAAGAAUUAGAAGAUUUGAAAAUUAGACAGGAACAAGAGAUUAAAAAUCAUGAGAAUAAAAAUAAAGAAUUAAAGGAUAAGAAUGAACAGUUGCAAUCUCAAAAUGAGAAAAUGAAAAUAGAAAAUGACUCAACUAUAAAUGAAAUUAAUGAUUUAAAAACUUCAAAUGAAGAAUUACAAUCGACUAUAAACUCAAAAGAUGACGAAAUUGCGAAGUUGAAAGAAGAACUCGAAUCAUUAAAGGAAUUGAAAUCUAAAGAUGAAACAACGAUCUCACAAUUGACAACUGAAAAGUCAAAUCUUAUAAAAACAAAUAACGACCUUCAAACAAAUUUAGAUACUUUGGAAUUAAAAAUAACAUCCACUGAAUCUCAACAUCUCAAUGAGUUUUGUCUUAUAUUGGAAUGUAUGGGAUUAUUAUUAGUCAAAGAAGAAGGUGAUGAAACAACAUUCAAGAUUAAAAGAGUUAAAGGUUUGAAAAAGGAUAAGAAAUCAAAACGCAAUGGUUAUAGUGAUGAAAAUAUUGAGUCUGAUUUAAAUCAAUCUAAGGCAUUAAUUGAUUUAAACAUAUUUGGAGGAUAUAAUAAUAUACCAGAUGAAAUUAAACAACAAGGAUUUUUCUAUAAUGCAAUAAAUAAAAGAUUUCAAGAAGUUGAACAAUUUGCCAGAGAGAAUGCUAAAGAAAAUAAGAAAUUAAAAGAUUUAGUAGAUAGACUUUAA